GUAGCGGUUUACUGCAGACUUCCACUAUAACUCCCUACAAGUAUCGCUGAGGACCUUACCUUCACGCAUAGUAAAUGGGCCGUCUGUGGGGUCGCGUCAUUGUCAGCCUUGUUACUGGUCUCAUCUCAUUUCUCACUUUCUCCCCACAAAUAUUCAUCAUAUGGCCAUGGUAUGGGCGUGAAAUCACUGUCGAGCUCUUGACGCUCCUUCUACCAUUCAAUGUUCUGAUAUUCAUGCUUUUUUGGAAUUAUUAUCUGUGUAUCACCGUAGACCCUGGUCGGGUACCAGACUCAUGGCAACCUGAAGGAGAGAUAAUAGAGGUGAAGAAGGUGACAGGUGGCCCAAGAUACUGCAGGACCUGCAAAAAAUACAAACCACCAAGAUCUCAUCAUUGCAGAGUGUGCAAUCGUUGCAUUCUUCGAAUGGAUCACCACUGUCCUUGGGUGAACAAUUGUAUUGGCCACUUCAACUAUGGUCAUUUCAUCCGUUUUCUUUUCUAUGUCGAUUUGGCAUGCUUCUAUCACCUUUUCAUGGUGACUCGCAGGGUGUUUGACUGUAUGGGAAAACGUCGUUGGGACGAACCAUCUGGUCUUGAGCUAGUGUUCAUAGUUCUCAAUUAUGCCUUGUGUAUACCAGUGGUGCUGGCCGUAGGAGCAUUCAGUCUCUAUCAUAUCUACAGCAUGCUUGGAAAUACCACGACAAUAGAAGGAUGGGAAAAAGAUAAGGCCGCCACCCUGCUGCGUCGGGGAAAGAUUCAAGAAGUUAAGUUCCCAUAUAAUCUGGGUGCUCGUCGCAACAUCACUUCCGUUCUCGGCGACAAUCCACUACUAUGGUGCUGUCCCACUGUUACACCUGGAACUGGGUUGAAAUAUCAACUGUCAAUAGGAGAUGAUAUAGAUGUGCAAGCCUCGUGGCCUCCGCGUGACCCCGCUUUGAAGGAGCAGGAGGAUAAACCGUUUAUACUUCCUGACAGCCCUUGGACAUAUGAGAAUGGCAGUACUAACCCGAAUCUCCGUCCAUCAAGCGGUGCACGUCUGCGUUCUAAUGUUGCAGGCAAGCAGCAGAAGACCAGACCUGUUUACGCUGGUCCACCGUAUCAAAUUGAUCCAGAGAAUGAGGAAGAAGAAAGAGGCUUGGCGUCACAUUCUCGCAGCUCUUCGCAGGACUCUGACUUCGUGUACACUGAAGAAGGGUACCGUCAGGGCGUUCAAGUACGAAGAGGUUCAGAAGGCUAUGAGGUCCGACCUGUUGAUCGAGAGGAGUUACUUCAGCGGUUUCUUCAUGAUCAAAAUGAGGAUGUUGAUAUGUAUCAGCGCUAUGUUCCAGAGCCCUCAUCCGAUGAUUAUUCUGAUGAGGAGGAGGACAACGCAGGAGAACAGGCGGAUGGUGUACGAGCGGCCGAGUUAUCCUCAGGGAUUUGAGUCGCUAAUCAACACAUGGUUAAUGGACUAUACUCUAAUUGACAUCGGACAAUGGGUUAUUUAUGUUGUACCGCAGACUUUACACCUGCAUUGGAUUAAUACAUGGCUAACAUUAGAAGCAUGACACCAAGGAGUACCAAAACGAAAUCGAUAGAAUUUAGUGCUACAAGUUAAAAACUAUUAGACAACCGACAUCCUCUCCAAAAAUAUCUUCCACGUCGCCCCACCUUUCUCACCAAUCUCCAAGACAUUCGAGCCGACCUGCAGCUCCACGUGCCAUUCACCUGAUGGAGUAGCCCUUUCGUUCACAAGCGAUCCAUUCAAGAUGACUUGUACGUUCUCUCGUAUAGGUGUGGACGUUUUGUGAGGCUUCUGGACACGUACGACCUUCGGCUUGGGGGCAACUUUUUUGGGGUUUUUAGGAGGUCGCCCUCGACCUCGCUUUUUCUUAGGUACAGGUUCCUCUUCCUCCUCUUCCUCCUCUUCUUCGUGGGGAUGAUUAUGAACUCCGUCUUCGUCGCUGCUUUCCUCUUCCUCAGUACCUAAAAAUUUGAUAUCGGCCACGGAUAUCGCCUUCUCUCCUUGUCCGAGUCUGAUCGCCCAGCUUUUUACGCCAUCACGAUAGUCAAGUAAAAAUGGCCUCCCUCGAGGUCGAGUAAUCACCGACAUUCCCCUUAGUAGACGGGGAUUGUUAAUGGGAGCCGGUGACUUGGAUGUUGAUUGCACUGCCUGAGCGUUGAUGACCCGUGAUGUUGUUGUGACUGGUGUAGAUACAUUAGAAGGAGCAGGAGAAGAGUUGACGGGAGGUUGAUAUGUAGCAUUAGGAUAGUGUGAAAGUUGAGUAGUAGAUUGAUAAGGCAUUUGUAGAGUUGGCAAUGGUGCUUGUGUGGGUUGUGGAGCUGGGACAGGCGUAGAGGAUGCCGGCGGAACUGGCUGGGGUAUUGACGAGGCCACAGCCAUACUUGGAUUUGAUUGAGGUAACGGCGACUGUACUGUUGCAGGUGACGGAUUUGAAGGGAGUACGGGCGUCGUAGGAGCGGGAGUCGCUGCUGAUGCAGGCUCAAGCGUGAGGGGUGUAGAUACUGCUGCCGCUGCAGGGCCAGAAGCAGGUGUAGGCGCAGAACCAGAAUCUGAUUUGGGAAUAGGUGUAGAUAUAGGAACAGGUAAAGGUGUCUGCGCGGGCGCAGGCAUGGAAACCGAUACCGCUGGAGCCUGUGCAGGCGCCAAUUCCAUUGAUGGCUGUGAUGCAGGGGCAACGACUUGAGCUGCUGUGACAGCUACGGAGGGUAAACUUGAAGUCGACUGCAAAGGUGUUGUAUUGUUUUGCUCUGGACUCUUGUUUAAGCCAUUGGCAGGUAAUCGAAGCAUAAUCCCACCCGAGGGCGAAGGGGUGACCAGAUGCACUGGAGUUGCUGGGGCCAGAUGAGCAGGAGAUGGUAGCUGGCCGGGAGGAGGUAUCGGUGCAGGAACCUUAAGCUUGAUCUUCGUCUGAUAUGGUUUAGAAUACUGUGGAAGAGCAUGUGGCGGCGGAAGGUCGGACAUU